UCUUGUUGAGGAACGAGAUGCUAAAAACGCUUUCAAGCCUGACAAGCAUGGUGCUGAAAUUGUGGAAGUGGCUGAUGACUCUGUAUCAGAAGUCUUAGAUUGGUUUGAAAGAAGUUCUGGUACUGAAGAUAGGAAAACUGAAUCAGCCAGAUCCCAAGGUGGGGAACUCAAAGAAGUGAACUUUACAACCAGAACAGUUCUUCCCACAGAGCACAGUGGAACUAGUGUGAAUAGAAAAAUGCAGGUUAGAGAAGAGUUACUGUAUGGAAAGAAUAAACAACUGAAUGCUAUUUCACCCACUGCAUUUAUUUCAGAAGACAUACAACUGAUAAAAGAGAGGAGGAAACCUAAGCACAGUAAAGAGAAUGAGGAUCAAAAUGAGAAAUCCCUCAGUGAGCUUGACUACACAGGAAUUGAAGCGAAAGAAUCUGAUGAAGAAAUCAAGCAACAAAAUAAAAUAAAUGUCUUGAAACAUCAUGAACACGUGUUACCAGCUCAGAAAUGUGUAUUGGAAAAGGCAAUAAGAGCAAAAAGAAGAAUUAGGGAGAUUAGAGCAUUUUGGGAAAGGCAGGAAACUAUCCCCAGUCAUGGAGAGAAAGAAGUUGGUAUCCAUAUUAAUACAUCAGGUGGUGGUGCAAUAGAAGGUCUCAAAGAAAGCGACAAAAUAAAACCAACUGCACUAUACUUACCUUAUGGAUUAGAUGAUCAGAGCAAGAGUGCAUUAAGUGCUGAAUUAAGAUGUGCAAUCCAGGCUUCAAAAAACGGACAUCAAAACUCUUCUGAGUUUGGAUCAGGCCAUGCUGUUAAAAAAACAGAAAGACCACUUCCAUAUGAGGAUAAAGUUAAUGAACGUACAAAAUUGACAAGAGACAGUGUCUUGCAGUCAGGAGUUGGUGUCACUUCAGCUUCCCCAAAAAUCAAAGAUAACGAUGGGAAAGAAGCAUUUAAAGGAAAAGUUGCUGCUUUUUCCCAACAGAAGUCCAGUUUUCAGGCUUUGUCUUUUGAAAAGAAGAGUAAUGAGAUGUCCAAGAAUCAAAUUUCAAGUCCUUCACAGUUUCAGAGUCUGAGAAACUUUUGGGAUACUAGAGUUAAGUUACAAAAUAGCAUUGAUAGGGAAGAUGUUUCUUCUCCAAAUAAUGCUAUUCGUAAUAAUACUUUUAUAACCUAUGGCAGAAAUGCAGAGAAAGGUAAGGGCAGAGAUAAUGUGAGCAAACAAGAGUUAAGCCAACAUCAAACACAAGCAUCUGAGGAAGAAAAAACAGGGAAAUUAGAUUCUGUGGCAUGCAAACCGCCUGUGGGAUUUCUUACUUUUAGAGGUUUGAGUGUGACACCCACAGAAGGUAAAGACACUGUCCAGCUGGUCAAAAAGCCAAUCAUUUCUCAACCCCAUGAAAAUACAGGUCUUCAAAGGCAAGAAGUUAAAGAACACAUAGAUAAAAAUAUUGUUUCGUCAAAAGAACAUCCUCCCAGAGGUUCUCAGAGGUACUCUGAGCAAAACCUUCCCAGAGAAAUCAUUGCAUAUCAACCUUCUGAAUUAGGUGUAGGGAUGAAAAUGAUUGAUACCGUGAAUAAUACAGCACAAACUAAUUGUAGCGUAGAUUCAACAUGCCACCAAGAUACUGGUCUGUCUGAAGAUGUCAUCGAGACAAUAGAAAAGUCUCUUGCCCCCUCCAAGGUCAAUGGCUUGAGCCUAGAAAAUCUGGUAAGGCAGGUCUCUGAAACUCCAUCUCCUAACCCAAGACAUGCAGACAGUGCAGGACAGAGGACUGCUGAAAUGCAAGCUAAAAACACCAAGUAUGAGCAAGAUGAAGAGUCACUACAAGAAAUCAGUGAGACUGUUGAGAAGUCUGUUGCUCCCUCUAAGGUCAGCAGCUUGAGUUCUUCUCUAGAGAAACUGCUGGAGGAGGCUUCUGAAACACCGCCUCCUAAACCAAGACGUGUGGACGUGGCAGUACAGAGGACUGCUGAGAUGGAAGAUAAAAACACUGCCUGUCAGCAUGAUGGAGAAUCACUUCAAGAAAUCAUUGAGACUAUAGAGAAAUCUAAUGCCCCUACUAAGGUCAGUGGCUUAAGUUCAGCUCUAGAAAAGCUGCUAAAGGAGGCCUCUGAAACACCACCUUCUAAACCAAGGCGUACAGUACUGAGGACUGCUGAAAUGCAAGCUAAAAACACAAAGUAUCAGCAAGAUGAAGAGUCACUGCAAGAAAUCAGUGAGACCGUACAGAAGUCUGUUGUUCCUUCCAAGCUCAGUAGAUUGAGUUCUUCUCUAGAGAAGCUGCUGAAGGAGGCUUCUGAAACACCACCUCCUAAACCAAGGCGUGUGGACAUGACAGUGCAGAGGACUGCUGAGAUGGAAGAUAAAAACACUGCCUGUCAGCAUGAUGGAGAAACACUGCGUGAGAUCAGUGAGACCAUUGAAAAGUCUAUUGCCCCCUGUAGGGACAAUGGCUUGAGUUCUUCUCUGGAAAAGCUGCUGAAGGAGGCUUCUGAAACACCACCUCCUAAACCAAGGCGUAUGGAUGGCACAGUGCAGAGGACAGCUGAUAUGCAAGUGGGAAACAUGUCCUGUCAUCACAGUGGUGAAUUGCUGCAGGAAACAUCUGUACUGUCUGAGGCUAAAAGUAAAGCACUGGAUGUUAAUUUCCAGAAGGUACUGAAAGAUGUCUGUGAAACACCAGCUUCUACGCUGGAGAAUAUGGAUAAGAAAAUGCAAAGUAAAAUACCAACUGGUCAAAGUAUGUGUAUGGCACGUCAAGAAGAAGGAGAUCACCCUCAAGAAAUACAAGAAACGAUAGAAAAAACUACUGUUUCAAAUAGUGAAAAAUUCAAAGAAUUCAGUAGCUCGUUGGAAAAACUUAUUCAAGAAGCAUCUGAAGCUUCAUCUCCAAUAUCCAAAGCAUUAAGUAAACAAGAGAAGUUUGGGAAUAGGGUGUUUCCACCACAAACAAAGACUCUAGUUGUGACAGUGUCACAGCCUUAUGAUAAUGCUGUGUGUAGCUGUCAUAAACAGAAGAUAGCUAUCAAGAGUGGAGUUCCAGAACAAAAUGCAAAAGCUUCUGUAGAUGAUCUCGUAACUCCUGAAAUGUCUGAGCUCCUUAAAAUAGAUGGGGCUACUAUUAAAAAAGAACAGAGAAACACACCUGCAAUAGAUCUUCCUUCCUUGCAAGGAGAGACCAAUACAGCGAUCAAGCCAUUCAAGAUAAAUGAAGUAGGAAGGAAAGGUGAGAGCACGUCCUUGGAUGCUUCUGAAGAUAAUUCACAAUUAAAAGAACUGUUGAAAUUGAGAAGAACAAGCACACCUCUUAAAGAUGAGAGCAGUUCUCCUCAGCUGGAAGGAGCUCAGUUCAGCUUGGCCUUUCAGCGUGAAGAUAAUGAUGAAGAAAAUGGUGACAGCUUGAAUUUUGGAUCCCAGCUUUCAGAUGAAAACUCUGAUUAUUAUUCUGGAACCGGAAGUUCGACUCGUUCAGAAGAAGAGUUAAAUCCUGUUUUGAUGGCUUUGAAAAGGAGUGCAGAUAGGAAAAUGCCUUCCAAAAGUCUAGAGGACAUUCCAUCAGCUACCUCAAAUAAAGGAAAAAUAAAUAUUCCAAAGGAAGAAUUAGCUGUUAGUGCUGAAGAUGGUCUGAAACCUGAUCAGCAUCAAGUGAGGAAUGAAAAUGGAGCAGGAAUCUCCACAGUGCCUUCACAGCCUGAUAAGCCGUUUUCCAACCCUGAAAAAGUCAAAGGACUGAGCAAGUCAGUACCGUCAUUCCUACAGGAGGAGAGUGAUGAAAGAGAGACAGAUACAGCAUCAGAAAGCAGUUAUUCCUUUGGCAGAAUCAAGAAGAGUCCCAGCUCUCUAACCAAUCUUAGUGGUUCUUCUGGCAUGGCCUCCUUAUCCUCUGUGAGUGGAAGCUUAAUGAGUGUCUAUAGUGGAGACUUCGGCAGUGUCGAUGUGAAGGGGAACAUUCAGUUUGCUAUUGAUUACGUAGAACAACUGAAUGAACUCCACAUUUUCAUUUGCCAAUGUAAAGACCUGGCAGUUGCAGACAUCAAGAGACAGCGGUCAGACCCGUAUGUGAAGACCUACUUGCUUCCAGAGAAAUAUAAGCUGGGCAAACGGAAGACCUCAGUGAAAAAGAAAACUUUUAAUCCAGUCUUCAAUGAAAUACUGCGGUACAAAAUUGAGAAAGAUCUCCUAAAGAACCAAAGCCUUAAUAUCUCUGUCUGGCACAAUGAUACCUUUGGGAGGAAUAGCUUCCUUGGUGAAGUGGAGCUGGAUUUAGGAACUUGGGACUGGAAUGAUAAAUCCAACAAGCAGAUCAACUGGUUUCCACUCAAGCCUAGGACUUCAGCAAUGGCUUUUGAACUAGAAAACAGAGGGGAGAUGAAACUAGCCCUCCAGUAUGUUCCACAACCUGUUGGAGGAAAGAAGAUUCCGUCCACUGGUGAGGUCCACAUCUGGGUGAAGGAAUGCCGUGAUCUUCCUCUUCUGAGGGGCAACAGACUCAACUCUUUUAUUAAGUGUACAAUUCUUCCAGAUACCAGCAGAAAAAGUCGCCAGAAAACAAGAACGGUGUCAAAAACUACAAACCCAGUAUUCAACCAUACCAUGGUCUAUGAUGGCUUUAGACCAGAAGAUUUGAAAGAAGCCUGCGUAGAACUCACAGUCUGGGAUCACAACAAACUUGUCAACCAUUUUCUGGGAGGUCUCAGGAUAGGCCUUGGAACAGGCAAAAGUUAUGGAACUACAGUGGACUGGAUGGAUUCUACUUCAGACGAAUCUGCCCUGUGGGAGAAGAUGAUAAAGUCGCCCAACACAUGGGUGGAAGAUACACUACCUCUCAGGAUGCUUAUGGUUGCAAAACUGACAAAAUAAGGGCUUUCUGAUUGCUAGCAGCAAAAAGAAUUCUUGGGAAUGGAAUCAAAAGGUGUGGUAGUGAAGCUUGGAAGAGGAGCACAGUAGCUCCUUUUAUAGUCUGUGUUCUGUGGCUGUUCUGUUUCUCUGCUAUCAAGUGUCACUUCAUAUUUCAAGUUACACUUCUGCCUGCAGAUCUAUGCAAAUUUAAAGGGCUAGUUCUUCUUCACUGAAAAUAUACUCAAGUAAGAAUGCACCUAGCAAUUGAGAGGUAGAGGAGUCUGUGAUACCUGAAUGCUUGUGUUGCCUAAUUGAAGUGUUGCUUAUUCCUUAAAUCUAAAUUGCUGAAAGUGUGUUCUAAUUGCAAAAAAAAAAAAAAAAAGGAAAAGCAAGUAAACUUGGCACUUCCUGGAUUGUUUGUGAAGUGUUUUAAUGACUCAUUAGCAACAGGUGGCAUUUUGUUCAUGCUUCUCAGCAUCCCUCUACAGCUGAAUCCUCAUUGUGCUACAUUGGAUCUCUCCAGCAAGGACUGUGCAGAAUGUUUUUUUUUAAAGAAGUCCCUUUACAUGUGGUUGUACUUUUAUAUGGUAUAAAGUUGCUUCUAUAAUGGAAGAAGCACUACUUGAAGUGGAACUGUUGGCAUCUUAUUCUGCAAGGUGCAGAGGACUCUUAAUUCCAGUUUACUAGGAAAAACUAAGUUUAUAAAGUUUGCUUAUACAUUUGUUCAUCACCUUGCUAAUAAAUCAACAUUACUUUUAAAUAUUGAAGGCACUGGAGUCAAACUUGUUCAUUCAAAUGGUACUCUAAAGGAUCUAUACUUGCCAGUUUUAAUGAUGAUUAAAGUAUUGGGUAUUUAUUUUGUAAAGUGUACUCAUUAUCUGUACCUGCAUCUGUUAGCUUGUUUUGCCAAACUCAUUUCUCUGUUCUUCAGCGCCACCGUUAGGAGAACGCUGGGAUUAUGGCUGGUCCUGGUUUAAAGAGCUCUGCAGCACAUGAAAUGGGACAGGGAUUUGUCACUUGUGGAAACGCAUGCCACUAAGGGAAGAUAAAUGCAUAAAACACAAAGGGUAUUACUUAAAAAAAUAAU